GGAUAUAGUGAAUGCAUGGUCCGGGAAGAGCGGAUAUAGUGAAUGCAGGGUCCGCGGAGAGCGGAUAUAGUGAAUGCAGGGUCCGGGGAGACGACAUAUAGUGAAUGCAGAGUCUGGGGAGAUCAGAUAUAGUGAAUGCAGGGUCCUGGGAGACGACAUAUAGUGAAUGCAGGGUCCCGGGGAGAGCGGAUAUAGUGAAUGCAGGGUCCUGGGAGAGCGGAUAUAGUGAAUGCGGGGUCCUGGGAGAGCGGAUAUAGUGAAUGCAGGGUCCGGG